UUUUAGAAGAGUGCAAUGAGCUCUCACUCUGUUUAUUGUUACGUAUAUGAUUUGCACGAACUGCACAAUUUGUCAUAAAAAUAAUUCAAUGAAUUAAAUUAUUCAAAAAUAUUAAUUUUGUAGUUUCGGCAAAGAGGCGCGGCGGGAGUGCGAGCAGUUAGAUAAAUCGUUACGUGUGUAUCUUCGCACAAUAAGCAAUCUGCGUGACGCUUCACUUUGCGCGAAAGUCGGUUUGGGAAGAAGGCGGAAGCGACUGAGGACGACGUGAAAAUGAGUAAAAAGGACAACAACAGCGCCGCUGUCAUUCUCGCCUACCUGAAUGCCAAGAACCGUCCUUACAGCGCCCAGGAUGUCUUCUGCAACCUCCAAAAACAGCACGGAUUGGGGAAAACGGCGGUGGUCAAAUCCAUGGAGCUGCUGGCGCUGGAGGGCAAGAUAAAAGAGAAAACUUACGGAAAACAGAAGAUUUAUUUUGCCGAUCAGGAUCAAUUUAAAAACGUGAACGACGCAGACCUGAAGGCCAUGGACAGUCAAAUUUCAAACCUCAAUGAGAAGAUGCAGGCCCUCAGCCAGAACUGCAGACAGAUGGAAGCAGAGCUGAAGGAGCUCAACGGCAGCCUGACCACGCAGGAAAUGACGUCAGAGAUCGCCCGGCUGAGAGACGAGUGUUCGGGAUGCCGCGAGCGUCUGGACAAGAUAAAGUCGGUCGCCAAUCACGUCACGCCUGAGGAAAAAGACAAGGUUUUGAAAGAGCACAACAUUUACGUGAAAGAGUGGCGGAAAAGGAAGAGACUGGCUUCGGACAUGAUGGAUGCAAUCCUGGAAGGAUAUCCUAAGAGCAAGAAGCAGUUCCUGGAGGAGGUUGGCGUGGAGACGGACGAAGACUACAAGGUGGUCGUGCCGACUGUUUGAAGACCAGUUUUCUGUAAUUGAAAAAAGGUACCAAACGAUCCUGCUCCCUGAUUAAGAAUUUAUGUAAAAUCUG